GGUGGCUCAGAGCAGUUGGGAAGGCAGCUGGUUGCCAUCAUGUGGUUCUUCCUGGGCUGCUUGGCACUUUGCACUGGGCUGCUUUGGCUCCAGGAGGAGGAGGGUGGCACGGGUCCCUUGGACGGAGGGUAUGCCCAGAUUAGAGGACUCUGGUGGCUGAGCCUGGUGGGAUGUUACGCCUUGGGGCAUCUCCUGGGUAUCAUGACUUGUUGGAACAGAAGGCAUCCAGAAGAUCAGAGGAAAGCCAAGGUCAUAGUCCAGACGCCUCACUUUCCAGGCCGCAGCUUUGCUAUCGAAUGCAACCUGGACAACUUCACCGGACAAACUGGAGACAGACCUAGUGAUUUGCUGGAGAAACUGGAGAGGGACCUAGUGAUCCUACUCCAUAAUGUCAUCCAGUGUAAGAGGGCCGUGGCUAGUGACCAGUUGGAUAGCAGCGAGGCCCAGCAUGGCCUCCCCUUUGAGAACGUGGUGGUCUACACCAUCCAAGAUAAGAACAAGAAUAAGGCGGCCAUAGUCCACACGCCGGACCUUCCCUGCCGCGGCUGCGUGAUGGAAGCCCAUCUGGACAGUUUCGCUCAAGAAACUGGAGAGGAAUAUAGGGACUUCCUGGAGAAGAUGGAGAGGAACGUAGUGGUCCUACUGCAUGUGCUCCACCAGCAUAAGAGGGCUCUGGCUAGUGGCCAGUCGGCUGGAGAGAGGGCUAGCGGCGCCGUGGCCCAGGACAACGUGGUGGUCUACACCGUCCAAGAGCAGAGCUAA